UUGUGAUUGGCUGCUCCAGGCUGUUGCGGCCUGUAACCCGAUAAGCUUCUUCUGUACCUGCAUUAGAGUCACUCCCAGUUUAUACACAACACUAUUGUGUGAUUCUCUUUGUCCUGCCUUGGUGACCACCUUUCAGUUCCCUCACUUCUAACCAAACACAUGCAGGAGAAAAUGGCAGGAACGAAUAUCUCUGUGGAUAAGGACCAGUUCUGUUGCUCAGUGUGCUUGGAAGUGCUAUGGGAGCCCGUCACAAUUCCUUGCGGACACAGCUAUUGUAUGGAGUGCAUUAAAGGUUACUGGAGGAAAUGUGAACUGAAAGCCGAAUUCAGCUGCCCUCAGUGCAGACGCACCUUUAGCCCCAGACCUGCUCUGGCUAGAAACACCAUACUGGCUGAUAUCGUGGAGAAACUGAGGAGAACCAGCACUCAAGAGGCUGGUGAGAAAGCAGCAGAUGUUGAAUGUGACGUUUGCACCGGGAAGAAACAUCAAGCGGUUAGGUUCUGUGUCAAAUGUCAGACGUUUUACUGUGAGAUGCACCUGAAACCUCACAAUGAAAGGAAUCGUGGCAGGAUGCAUCCGCUUUCUGAAGUUACAAAACAACUGCAGAAAAGAAUCUGUUCACGUCACAAUAAAUUGCGGGAUUUUUACUGUCGCACAGACCAACAAAGCAUUUGUAGUUUGUGCUUCAAAGAUGGACACAAGGGUCACAGUGUGGUGUCUGUGAUGGAGGAGAGGAUGGAAAAACAGAAACAUCUUGAGGAAGCAUGGAAAAAGUCAAAACUGAGGUGUAAGGAACGAGAAAAGGAACUCCGAGAUAUUGUAAAAUACGUCAAGCGCUCAGCACAAGCGGUUGAGGAUGACAGUGAAAAGAUCUUCACCAGACUGCUGCGCUCCGUCGAAAGGAAGCAUUUGGAGGUGAAAGAGCUGAUCAGAGGUGAGGAGAGGACAGCUCUCGAACAGACAGAGAAGCUUCUAGAACGACUGAAUCAACAGAUAGUUGAACACCGGAGAGGAGAGGCCGAGCUAGAGGCGCUCUCAAACACGGAGGAUCAUAUCCAUUUCCUGCAGAACUAUAAGACGCUCUGUGCUCCUCCUGACGCCGGGGGUCGGCCCAGCAUUGACGUCCAUCCGUACUUCUCUUUACUGAUAUUGAGAAAAGCUCUCACAGAGCUGAGAGAUAAAGUCAACGAGGUCUGUGACAGAGAAUCAACCAAGAUCGCAGAAUUAGUUGAUGAAGAGCACAAUCAGUCAGCUGAAAACUCCUUGAGCUGUCCGUUGAACACUGAUACAGACUGAUGUGAUUUGACGUAGACCAAACACCGCCAACUCUUUCCUCCGUCUUUCUGGAGACACUGCAGAGGUCACGACCGACCACGAGCUGCAGCCGAUCAUCCAGAGCGCUUCAUCAGCUGGACUCAAGUCUUCUGCACCGAAGGUCUCUCUGGACGUGGAUACUGGGAGGUGAAGGAGUUUCUAUUGCUACUUCCUACAGAACUGGAGGGAAUAUAGACCAAGAACUGGGAUGGCAACUCAAAAUCAUAGAGCGUAGAUUUCUCUGAUUCUGUUUGUUCCGGCACAAUAAGUUUAGUGUUGAAAUACACGAUCCAGUACUACACAUAGGUGUGUAUCUCAUCACAGAGCUUUAACUCUGGCAUUUUAUUGCAUUUCUCUGGCAGAAGAUACCAUGACUUUUGCUGAAUCGAGAGUAAACCACUUUCACACAGUCUCUCUCUCCUGGUUUCUGGGUUGGACUUGGAUCUACUUUAAAAACUCAGUCGGACUUUAAGCUCUUCAGCUUAGUCACACAUUGUGCUCUCAUUUUGUUUCAAUGAACAGUUCACCCAAAAAUCAAAAGGAUAUCAUUCGCUCACCUUGUUGCAUUUGUGUUUUUCUCCUGUGGCUUAUUGUAGAGCCCAUGCAACAUUAUAAAAAGCA